CCACCGAUCUACCUUUAACUCUAUCAUUUUCAUAGUUGACCGCUUUAACUAAACUAAACUACCUUACUCACUCUCACCUUACUCAGUCAUCAUUUUGACUCUUUUUAAAGGAGAGUAUUGAGUCAAACAUACAAAUAAAUUGUUUCGGAUUUACAGCCAUUGAUCUAGUUACCUUAUUCUCAUAAAGUUCCAUCUCUUGCUUUACAUUUUGAAGUUGAUAUUCGUCCAACUGUGACAAUGGCAAGCUCGGGUUCAGGUAAAGAUGGUGAAGUGGGCAUGGCCGAUGUUCUUGAAGCUUUAAAGACCAUUCAGGAAAACCAGAGUAGAUUAGCAACAGAGGUUGAAUCUGUGUCUUAUCGACUUGAUGCUCUUGCACCACCUCUCCGAGCUCCGAGUCCUGAUAUCAGCAGGGCAUCGCCUUCUCCCCUCGUUGGAAUCCCAACUUCGCCCGUUCAGGCGACUAUAGCUUCAAGCGAAUCCGACGCCACCAAGGCACCAUCUGCGUCAAAAGAGGCAGAGAAAUCGGGGUUCACAUCUCGUAUUAUUCUUACUACCUAUCCCAAACAGAUCGGUAUCAGCCCAAUCCCCCUUCAAUGGGGUGCCCCGGACGCAGUUGAGCGUGGCCCAGUGGUUGUCUCCCGAUCAUCGUCCACGAUCCGGAAACGCAAUGCACACGGUGGCUCCUAUUCCAUCUAUUACGCUCUUGCUCUCGCCAGCAAACAGCUCAAUGCCAACCACAGACCUGAUUUCACCAACACGGAGCCGGCUGCCCCUAUUGGCCCAUUUCCUCAAUGGGGUGACAAGAAAAAGAUUGUCGCCAUGGACCCCUGGGGCCACUUAGCCCCGUGGCUUUUCUCCGAUACCAUUGAGAAAGAAAACGUCGACAUUCGUCCAACUAUCGCGAUUACCAAGGCUCAUAUGAAGCUCCCCGAGCUUGAAGAGAGUGUCCGAAAAGGUCGACUUGUUCCCGAUGGAAAAGUAUGUCUGAAUGCGAGUGGAGAGCUUGCCGUGACAAAGUUUGCAGUUGAGCCAGUUUGGUAUCUUCCUGGUGUAGCCGAAAGGUUUGGAAUAGAUGAGGGUGUUCUAAGGCGUUCCCUGUUCGAACACACCGGUGGUAGUUAUCCAGAACUCCUAAUCCGAAGGAAUGUCAAACCAUUAAAGCUGACAUUUGUAGGCGGAUUGACUGUCUAUUGCUUCGGAGACCCGGCGAAGAUGUCUGACGAAAAAUGUAGAUUGGCCUUGCGUGUCCAUGAUGAGUGCAACGGUAGUGAUGUGUUUGGUUCCGAUAUCUGUACUUGCAGACCCUAUCUUAUCUUCGGCAUCGAAGAGGCUGUCAAAGAAGCUCAGAAUGGCGGCAGCGGCGUUGUCAUAUACUUCAGAAAAGAAGGACGAGCAUUGGGCGAAGUCACCAAGUAUCUUGUAUACAAUGCGAGAAAACGAGGAGAAGACCGCGCCUCGGAUUACUUCAAGAGGACCGAAAACGUCGCUGGCGUUAAAGAUAUGCGCUUCCAGGCCCUGAUGCCCGAUAUCCUCCAUUGGCUCGGUAUAAAGAAGAUCGAUAAGAUGCUAAGUAUGAGCAACAUGAAGCACGAUGCCAUCGUUGGCCAGGGUAUCCCUAUCCAUGAGCGGGUAGAACUCCCCGAGGAGUUAAUCCCCGCAGAUUCGCGGGUCGAAAUAGACGCCAAGAUCACUGCCGGAUACUUUACGGCCGGUCACAGAAUGACUGAAGACGAACUGAAAGCCGUGCAGGGCCGAAUGUGGGAUGACAUUGAUCACUGAUGAAUCACUGGUGAGCUUUCCGAUUGAACUGGCUUUGCCGAUGAGCCCGAUGUAGGAGUUGAAUUGAGAAUGGGAUACGUACCGGUCGAAAACUUGAUCUCAUUCUUGGGAACCCCCGCUUCUACUAUUGCCACGCGUGAGACUAAUGUACUUAUGCAUUCCAUAAAACGCGUCUCGAUUGUGCUAUA